ACAUGGCGACGGAAAUUGAGACAAUAGCAGGAGCACUGCUUGUAGAGAUGUUUGUGGCCGUGAUGCUGUAUGGGAUCACGACUACUCAGUCGUACGUGUACUGGUGGAACUACCCGUUCGACAGCUCUAUGACAAAGAGAACGGUCUUGGUUGUCUGGUUCCUAGAAACAAUACACACUGCGUUUUGUCUAGACAUGAUCUACGAAUAUGUGAUCACCGACUUCGGCAACUUAGCUCGAGUGGAGUUGAUAGUGUGGAGCGUCGGGGUUACUUUGACAUCCGGUCUUAGCCUCGCAGCGGUGGUCGACUUCAUUAUUGCAUCGUUUCUCAUGUACUAUCUACAACAAGGUCGUAGUGGAACGAGAAGAACGGAUCACCUCAUCAAGUCUCUGCAAGCAUACGUGAUCAACACGGGUAGUUUGACGAUGCUCGUUUCGAUAGCAAUUCUGAUGACGUUUCUAUUCUAUAAGAACAGUCUCCUCUUCACCGGGCUGGUCGAAAUCCAAAGCAAGCUAUAUGCCAACUCCUUCCUUGCGACAUUGAACGCUCGUGAGCGACUGAGGAGUCUUCCGGGAACGGUAAUAGAUGACGCUAUUACGAUGCGUUUCACUGCAAGGGACCCAACAGGACAGGUGCAAAGCGUUCCGAUGAGGCACAUCGACAUAUAUCAGACCAUCAUAGGGACGGUCCAAGCCGGUAGUGGUGAAGGUCUUCCAAAUGCAUCAACUGCGACGAUGUUGGAGAUGAAUACGUUCAAGGAGAAUGAUAGCAAAUCGAAGGCUGAGGUCCUACCCUAGCGGGAACGACUGUCCCAUCUUGUCCAUGCAUUCAGCCUUCUCGGCUGAUGCGUUAUCUUCAAUAUUUGUUUUUUCCCUUCACGCGAUGUCAAUCAAGCAUCUUAUGUUUCAG